AUGCGCAGGAGUGGCUCCCUGCAAAACACACGUAUACGCACAUCCCCCCAAAGCCCCUCCAAACGCGCUCUCAACGUCUCUAGUGACCACGGCAAUGCAACUACCGUCCAACCUACUCCUGUUCUGACUGGAGAUGAAAAUUGCUUUGAAAAAGAGGGCACCUCGACCGAAUCUCUUCCAGGGCCAAACAACGCUGUAACAUCAACAGAAAAUAACAGCGGCGCGCUGAAACCAACUCUCAGUCGAGUCGAGAAAAGGCGCAGCGGUAAUUUCAGCUCUCUAGCCUCCACAGCCAGUCCACUCAAACGGAGCGACGGGGCAAUGCAACUCGACCAGGCUGGGUUUGAAAGUCCCUCCGCCAAACGCCGCAGCUUGCAUAGUGUCAGUGGCGGCUUCGAUUUCAGCAUCUUCGAUAGCACCGACAGUUCACAAUCAUCCAGCGACUCUUCUGACGCCAUGACCCGUGACUUUGACGCGCAGGCCAACUUUCCUUUGAUUUCACCUGCUGGACCUUUCGCAACUAUUCCUAAGCGAUCCUCAUCCCUUCGUCGUUCAACUCUUUUACAGCGCCAGGGUGAUAGGACAAUUUUCAGUCGCUCGCGACUUACGAACGUCGAUUACGCCGAUUCUCCUCCAACAAGCCCGUUUGUGCAACAUCGCAUGUCACUUGAUAGCAAUUUAUCAAUGGCAUCUAGUCGCGAGACUUUGUUUGGUCCGCAGUCGCGACCCGCGUCCGGCAAUCCCCUUUUCUUAAAUACUCAGGUUGAAUCAGGAUCUACCACUCAUGCAGCGCACCCCCUAUCUCGCGCAAUAACACAAUCAUCUUCUAGCUCUAGUUUAGCUGAAGAUUCACCAACUCAUGAACCAAUUCACAAAAGUGACCGACCACGGCCUAUCUUUAAUUUCUCAAAGUCCCUCCCGGUUGGCGCGACACGACCUGCUGUACAGCGGCAAUUGACUCGCGAAGACUCGAACUCUUCAACUGAUUCAUUUGCGACACCUGAAAACUACAAACAGGCCAAGCCAUAUGCCGCAGCAUUCAUGUCAACCGGACUGAUCUCGAAGAAAAACCGCAACGCAGAAGAGGUGCAAGGUGCAAGUAAAAACAUGCCUGAUACUCCAUGCAAAAAGUCUACCAGCUUCCUUCCAAGUGCCCACAAAGCUUUGCCUGUUCGGCCUGUUUCACGACCAAAGCUAGUUCGUCAGACCUUCGCAGUUCCAUCAACUCCGACCCAGCACAAUCGCUCAACAUCUGGUCUGUUUGCCCGGGGAACUGGAAUUUUCGGUGGUAUGUUCAAUCAACCAGAAUCAUCUCGUCGUGACAGUUUUGUAAGUGUCGAUGGCGAAGAGCAGUCCAAUUCCCAGUCACCAUCAGCGCGUCAUGAUAGCCAAACCACAAUAGACUCGGAUUUUCCUCCCACCCCGACUAAGCAGGCUGUCACUUCUCCCGAAGGUAUUUUCAAUUCGUUUCAUGAAAAUUCUCUAGAUCAGCCAUCGGAGCAGGCCUCAAAUGCCAACAUUGAAUCUACCACCCCUCGAACCCCACGAGACAGCAUUUUCCCACCAGAUCCGAGCGGAUUGUCCAUUUCAGCUCCAAACGACUCGCCGUUGCAGCUUGAAGACUUUAAUGCGUCAACCAUUACAUUCCCAGCUACACCAACUACGUCGCGGGAUUACUUCGCACCCACUGGUCAAAGAAAGAGCAUGUCCCUAGGUGGUUAUAAUGCUCCCGAUGUUGACACGAGUUUGACAUCUCGUUUCGAGAAGGUUGAGCUUAUUGGCAGCGGAGAAUUUUCUCAAGUUUAUCGGGUUUCGCAUCCACAGGGCUCAUCUCAGUACAAAUCAAUUUUCAGCCUCCUUCCGACUGAAUCGACAUCUCCAUCUGCACUACCUGAACGUGUUUGGGCAGUAAAAAAGGCCAAACAAGUGUUUGGCGGCCCAAAGGAUCGUAUUCGCCGAAUGCGGGAGGUGGAAAUUCUAAGGGCUCUCUCCAAUUCAGAUCAUGUUAUUUCCUUUGUCGACCAUUGGGAAGACAAGGGCCACCUCUAUAUUCAAACGGAAUACUGUGAGGAAGGGAGCCUUGAUGUUUUCCUUGCCCAAGCGGGUCUUAAGGCAAGGCUAGAUGACUUCAGGAUCUGGAAGAUUCUGCUCGAAAUGUCCCAGGGUUUGAAGCAUAUUCAUGAGUCGGGUUUCAUUCAUCUCGAUUUGAAACCUGCCAACAUCCUGAUUACUUUUGAAGGCGUGCUUAAAAUCGCUGAUUUUGGGAUGGCUACUACUUGGCCUGCAGACAAACAUAUUGAAGGCGAGGGUGACAGGGAGUACAUGGGACCUGAAGUCUUGAUGGGACUCUACGAUAAGCCUGCCGAUAUAUUCGCACUUGGUCUUAUCAUGUUUGAAAUCGCAGGCAAUGUCGAGCUUCCCGACAACGGAUUGUCAUGGCAGAAACUUCGCAACGGUGACAUUAGCGAUGUUCCAAGUCUUACAUGGAGCUCAGAAACAAGCAUAUUCCGUGACGCCUCCGGGAAUCCCUUGUCUCAAGAGUCCUCAUUUGAUGAACUCUGCGGCUCGGAUCCUGCCUUCAACGAUUCUGGAGUCGACUUCUCAAAAUCUCGUCCACCGAAGCCAAGUCAGUUUGUGCGCAGUGGAGAGCUCGUCGAACCUCCUAACUUCAUGGUGGAUGCCAGCCACGAUCAUGCUCUUGAUAAGGUUGUUCGCUGGAUGAUUUCUCCAGAUCCAAACAACCGUCCAACAGCUGACCAGCUCCUUCAAACCCAUGGUGUUCAAUGGGCCAUGGCACGCCGUAGAGCCGGAGCAACAGUUUUUGAAGGCAACUGGGGCCCUGCUGAUGAUAUUCUCCUUGAGGAUGCGGAGAUGAUUGACGUUUGA